CGCCUUCUCUGCUUUCUUUAUAUAAAAUCUAUCGUUCAUGCUACCUUCCCACUUCAUUCAUUUCCUCGAACAUUUGUUGUGCAUGCAUUGCUAACUUCUCUCCCCAAUCCCUAAACAUAGUUAAGAGAGCAUAAAAGAGAUAAGAUAAAAUAAAAAAUCUCAACGGCCUGAAGAUACAAGAAAAUCCGGACCUAAGGUAAUCCGUAAUCCUAACACCACAUCUCUCUACCGCUUAUCUCGUAAUCCUUAUCCACAACACCUUCUGAGAAUACUUGUCUUCUUCUUCUAUGCCUCCUGUCUCUGCUGCAAAAGCUCACAUCUAAAUCUCAUCAUUUAUUCGCAUCAAUCUUCUCUCUCUAGUUAUCUAUUUUUUCCGUUAAAUUUAUUGAGGCUGGUUUUUGUUGCUCAUCCUCUAUCUCAUUCCCUACCUCUCUUGAAACCCUCGAAUCAUCUAUGUGCUUUGACGCCCACCAAUCCCAUUGAAUCGAGGAUUCUGCUUUCAAAUUUUGUUUCUUUCGUAAUUUGAUUUCUGGGUCGUCCUUGAGCAUUCCAUUUCAGAGUCGCUUCGUUUCAUUGUGGUCCUUGUGAUGGCUUUGCUUUCGGCUUUAUUGGAGAUUUUGCGGAGACCCACAAUGUUAGAUGUGCUCAGCGAGCUCAUGCUCUUCAUAGCGCCUCUUUGGCUGGCGAUUAUUGUUGGCCUUUUGGUUGGAUGGGCAUGGAAGCCCAAAUGGGCUAAGAAUUUGACCAAUUGUUCUAUGUCCAAGGACGCUGCGGCGGCGUCACCGACCGCAUUGUUAUCCGCGUGUUUCUCUUCGUUUCCGAGCUUGAACGCCCUGAAGUUUCAGCUGCCCAACUGCGUUUCUUGUAUUGGAGAUGAUAAGGAGAGUCCCUCUGUGCCACCUGCUGCCACCGAAUCCGAUUCCAGCUCGUCACAGCUCGAUGGUGAAAAACUGGAAAAAAUGACCGGAGAGGAUUUAGAGCACUUAUGCCGGCUAGUGGAGGACAAAGAUGGAGGUCCUGCUUGGAUUCAGAUGAUGGAUCGUUCUACCCCGACUAUGGGCUAUCAAGCUUGGCGUAGAGAUCCUGAGACUGGCCCCCCACAAUAUCGUAGUAGGACCUUGUUUGAGGAUGCCACUCCUGAGUUGGUGAGGGAUUUUUUCUGGGAUGAUGAGUUUCGAUUGAAGUGGGAUGAUAUGCUUAUACAUUCUGCAACCUUGGAGGAGUGUCCCACCACAGGAACCAUGAUGGUGCAGUGGGUGCGCAAGUUCCCUUUCUUUUGUAGCGAUCGGGAGUAUAUAAUAGGUCGUCGAAUCUGGGAAUCUGGACGAUCUUACUACUGUGUAACAAAGGGAGUACCCUGCACGUCAGUGCCAAGGCACAACAAACCUAGACGAGUUGAUUUGUACUAUUCAAGUUGGUGCAUUCGUGCAGUUGAAUCGAAGAAGGAUGGCCAGUUGACUGCAUGUGAAGUGUUGCUGUUUCAUCAUGAAGAUAUGGGUAUACCAUGGGAGAUUGCAAAGCUUGGGGUUCGGCAAGGCAUGUGGGGCGCUGUGAAGAAGAUUGACCCUGGUUUACGUGCAUAUCAAAGGCAUAGAGCAUCUGGAGCCCCACUCUCACAAUGUGCUUCCAUGGCCCAGAUCAACACUAAGGUCAGUGCAGACUACCUGAGAUCUUUGGAAAACAACAACAGUGAUUUGACCAAGGUUGAAAACGGAGAUUCACCUCGGAAUCCAGAGGAGAGGAACAUACCAAAACUUUUAGUUGUUGGUGGAGCUCUUCUCCUUGCCUGUAGCCUUGACCGGGGGCUUGUAACUAAAGCAGUUAUAUUUGGAGUAGCCAGAAGGUUUGCAAGAAUUGGAAGGAGGAUGUGAUUGAGAAUGCUUUUUGCUUCAUUUGAGAAAUUGCUCAAUGGCGGAUCUCCUACAUACCACCCUUUCAGAGAAUAGAAAGUGUUACUCUUUUUCCUAUUGUUUGAGCUGUAGAGCAGCUUUAGGUUGGAGAAGAGAAGAGAUCACAUGGUUGUAUUUAUCAUAGUUGGAAAUUUCAGUGAAGGAUCUCAUAUGAUCCGGAAAUAACGAUAAUAUUCCAGUUAUCUCAUAUGCAAGUUAAACCCCUAUUCACUUA